AGGGCGGCGAGGACGGCGGCACGGCGGAGGACCCCGCGGACUGCGACGCCGACUCGCGCCCCCGGCUGGCGCUGAGGCUCCAGCGGCGGUACCGCGCGCAGUUCGAGACCAUCGUGACGACCGUCUUUAGGUCCCUCGACCGCCCGGCGUACCUCACGGUGGGCGAGGUGCGCAACAGGAAGCUGAUGCUGAACUUCUUCGCGCACGCCCACAACGUCACCGAAACGGACAAUACCGUGAUGACGGUCAUCAGCGUGCAGCUGGAUCACAAUGGCACCGUCGAGUGCGAGCGGUCGCGGGAGAGGUUUCAGACGGGCAGGCUCGACAUCCGGUGUGUGGAUCUCGGGGGUUGGCUUCCCGACCCGUUUUUCGGCAAGCGAGUGCAUGCGGGCUCUGGCUCGUGCGUGUACAACAUGCUGAUCUGGACCAAGCCUGAGAUCUUCUUGUCUGCCGUGAGGGCCUCUCAGCACGACGUUAUCAUGAUCGACACGGACGUGGUAAUGUACCAUGAUUUGUUCAAGUUGUCGAGGCAGAUCAGAGAGCAGCACAACUACAAGGUUAUCGUCGCAAGCGAGAACCAUGGCUACCACAAUCCGAACACAGGAGUGGUGCUCGCGUCCAAGUCGGGCACUGAAGUGCUCGAGUGGUGGACCGACGUGAACCUCGACUUUGUUUCGAGUUUUGCAGGGGACCAGAGUGCGUUCCUUGAUCUAGCUAAGACAACGUCGAACUUCUGGGUGCACGUUGGCAUGUUUAAUCCAUCCAUGGUUGGUCAAUGUGGUAUACCCGGCGCGUGGGCCACACACUACAAUUGUUUGGGAGGCCAGAAGAUGUCUGUCAUGAUUCACCAAUCUGAUUGGAGUGAUGAAGUGGCUAAGCAGUACAAGUUUGGGCGCCAUCGGAACAAUUCAUUACGAACGAACUGGAGUGGACCUCGCACUUGGAAUGACGAUGAUGAUGCCAUUCAAACUAUGACGGCGGCUGGAGAUUGGUUGAUCGAGGAGUGAGGUUCCAGUGUUGUUGGCGCUGGUGUUUGGCAAUCGCUUCCUUGAUUGACGCUGGCAGCGCCAAAAUCCUUCAUCACCUUCUAACCGUGCCUCUCCCUACCACUUCCAUGCCAUCCUCGGCGUGCAGCGCUCGAGUCAAUACGCACUGUAGGUUCGCUGAGUAUCCUCAGCGCUGGAGCAGCGACGCACUUGUUCGAAAAGGUGAUUGUACACUCGGAGGUUAUUUCGUUGACUUGUUCAAGAACCGAGUGCAGAACUACAUUGCCAGGCUGGUCGCAAAGACCAAGCCCAAAAAGGUGUUGGUGUGCAUGAUCUACUUCCUUGACGAGGAGCCCAGCGGCAGCUGGGCGGACUGCGCGCUGAGGUGCAUGUGCUACGACUGCAAGCCGGGGGCUGCAGUCCGCGAUCCGCGCCAUGUUCCGACUGGCCACCAGCCGAAUCAGGAUUCCCGGCACGGAGGUCGUUCCAGUACCUCUGUUCGAGGCGCUCGACGGCAAGACGUCGUCCGACUACCUGGAGCGCGUGGAGCCCAGCCCGGAGGGCGGGCGCAAGAUGGCGGAGCUGUUGGCGAACAUCUUGUUGUCCGACGGCACCAGCGUCGGUAGCGACGAGGAGCUGUCCUCUGCGCCGGCCUGCUGCUGCGUGGACUGAGGCCUUCUGGAAGUUGAAGCUCGCCAAUGCGCUCCACUCCUGGUGCUGGAGCUCUUGGGCUGAUUGCUCGACUUAGCGGGUCUCGCGCGGUGAGUUUCAGCUAGCCGUUCGCCGCGCCAGAAAACAAAUAUGCGACGAGCGCGAGUUUGUCGCGCGGCUCUCAUUUCCUGCAACGGGGACCUCACCCCGCGUCACAAGGCUGGCGCUGUUGCUGCAAAAACGCGGGAGGAGCACCACCAGGA